UCCAUUUUCUUUUCAUUCCUGAUUCCCGAACCGAGGAUUAUAUUAAGAAAACUUCGCCGCCCAUAUCCGACAGGCAUUCCGAUCAAAAACAUGCUAAAAACACCAGAACAUAGCUCCGGCUCGUCGAAGCCGAAACCGGCCAGCUUGUUCGUCUCCAUGUCCAUUUUCAUGGCUCUAUGCGCCGAGAGAGCUGGCCGAGUCUCCCGCAAGCUCAAAGCCAAGACGACGAGGAGGAUGACGACCGGGACCGCUCACGCUCGGAAAACGGAGCAUCAUACGUCCCCGACGUUAACUUCCCGGCCGAAGCAGCUCCUGUCCACCAUCAGCAACAAGGCUAUCAGGUUCAUGCACCCGAAAAAGGUCGGUGAGGAGGGAACUGACGCUGGCCGGACCGAUCAACCGGAGGAGUGGGGUGACGGUGGGGUGUGGCAAAAGACGAUCUUGAUGGGCGACAAGUGUGAGCCGUUGAAUUUCUCUGGCGUAAUUUAUUACGAUAGUUACGGAAAUCAGCUGAACGAAGUGCCUCCAAGGUCGCCGCGUGCCAGUCCUCUGCCCGGGUAUCUCACCCGUGCGGGGAAAUCAGACUAUCAGACUUCAGAGCUUUGACUAGUGUUACCGCGGGGAGAUUUCAACUUUCCGUGUUUCUUAGGUUUUUACACUUCCGCAUAUGUCGUGUUGCGAUUUUAGUGGUUGGAGAAUAAUAGGAUUGAGCGCCCUCGGUGGACGAAGUCAUUCAUUUUGAAAAAAGAAACUAGUUUUUUUUUUUUAAAUGAUGUGCAGUAGUUUUAAAAAGAGUAAAGUUUAUUAUUAAAAAAUUAAUUUUAUUUUAUGUGAAUUGUAUUUAUUUAUUUUUUUUUAAAUAAUUAUACGAAAUUUAUAUAUUCAUGAUUGUAAUUAUAAUUUUCUCUUUUUGAAGUGUUGGAGAUGUUUAUAAGUUGUAUGUAGAAAAGAUUUAAGUGCACCUAUAGAGAUAAAUGGAUGUUUUUCCUUUAUGUGUUCUUGAUUUAUUUUUGGAAGUUUUGUUUGGGUCCAAUUUCUUUGGAAUUUUCCCUUUUUGAUUUAGAAACAAAAGUGAAAUCAAGAAUAACAAAGUUUUUUUUUUUUUUUUUUUUGAAAAAAAGUAGAUUUUUAGGAAAAUCAUGACAAUUAAUUGAGAUUGGUGUCUUAUAAGUGAAUUUAUUUAAUGAAAAUUAAGUAAUAUUUUUUUUUAGAUUAUUAUUAUUAUUAUUAUUAUUAUUUGUUGACAAGGAUGGAACUAAAGUAUUUGUGUUUCCACUACACAGCUCUUGGAUUUUUAUUUUUAUUUUGGUUUUUUGCUCUCUUCAUCAAAGCUCUAAUUCCCUAAAGAUGUGAGUGAAAAUAUUGAAUUCAUUCAUUUAUUUAUUUUAUAUUUUUUGCACGAGGCUUGAAUUUUAGCAAGAGAGCUGUGAGAUGCUAAUGUUGAAAAGUAUCUAUCAGACUAUCCCCAUCUCAUACCUAAA